AUGGAUAGCACAGCCAAUGCUUCGGAACUCGUCACUAUGAAUGUAAAGAGCUCGGCUGUGCUUUGGACAUUUCGACAAUUCCGACAUGUGCACCCAAGACCACCGUACAAGGAGGUCUUCGAACAUAGUCCCGGAAGGAAGCAGACAGCACCGCCCACUCAAAAUGUAAAAAAUGCAAACUGCCUCCAAGACGUUCCUGCACAGACCGUAACGUUCAACUGCCAAACGGCAAGAAGUGCAUCGGUGGCCACUUCGAGAUUUCCGAGCAGCUCCAUCAGAACUGCGACUUUGGCAAAUACGAUACGAACGGCAGAAAGACGACAAAGUCCAGCUCGUGCUGUGAUACCAUCGCCAGCUCCUGCACCACCAGGUCACAUCUCUCAAGUGCUAGCGACGAUACUGAGAGUCACACUGCGCAAGGGUUUACUCAAGAAUGAGGAAAUUAGUCCUGAUGUCCCAGGAGCAGUUCGGUUUCAUACUGCUGUCGAGACAAAUGAAGUGACAACUGAAACCCAGUGUCCUUGUUCCCAUAUUGUCACGACGCUCUGGGAGGAACAAAGUCAUAUUCGAGUGGAAACUUUAAGAAACAAAGUUGACCCUGUGGCGUUAUCGAACGACGUUGGUCGGCAACGAGGAGGCGGAUCCAGCUACGAAUACCCAAUGAGUCAAAGCGAAUGCCAGUUUGCAGAAAAUCUAGCCGAACGCCUUUUCAAAACGAACAUACGAACAAGCGCUGGACGUGGAUCUGAUGCUAACCGUAACGCAAAUCGUUCGGAUGAUGAACACAGCGACAGACCACGAAGGAAACGAAGUAGACGAAGGAAGAAGGUCAAUACUCGCAUCAAAGAGACCUACGAUCAUAGUGUAACCCGAACUCGUACCACUCCCACCCCAGAUGAUUCGUUCGAGCCAGACAAUCUGUCGCCCCUACCUGACCACGACGCUAUUCAACCGCUACAGAAUCCGCAAGUCCAUACGUUUCAGAGCAGUGUCAAUGUGGAGCAAGUUGGGCCGGACAUUCAACGCUCCGAGAGAUCCAGUGAGCACAUGGAAAGGGAGAGUCGAAGCAGUGAAUUCCUCUGA